AUCCAUUUUGAAAGAUGGAUGUGGCUCGCGCCCCCCUCCCCUAAUCUAAAUAAUUUCUAUCACCAGUCACUUCGCCUCAGGAAAGGUUCUUCCACAACUGACUGUCAGGUAGGAGCCUUGUUUAGAAUGAGUUGCCUCAAAGAACAAAACCAAAGAAGUCUGGACAAUGGAUCCGAAACCACCGCUGUCUAUUCCUCUGAGAACUAUGGUCGCCACCUAAGAACAUUGGACGUCAACAUUGAUUCAGGAGAUCACACUGACUUCAGUGUGCCAGGAGUGAUGCCCCAUGGUUCAGGUGGAGAGUGGUCAGGGUACAGCAGAGAAGCUGGGUCCAGCAGGAUGGACCACCACUGUACCAACUACAGAUUCUACCCACCUCCACAUGAUGCUGAGCCCUCACUUCCUCAAUACCAAUUUGCUACUCAUGGAGAUUAUGUGCUCCCCCAGUCUAGCCCGUUCCAUUUAAUGAACCCCAGUUUAGCUAAUAACAGUCAUCUCAGUUCACUUGGUGGCCAGUGGUCAUCGGAGGGCCCAGUCCACAGCAAUAUGUUGUCAGGUGAAAUCUAUGAUGCUGUGGCGAGCAUUUGCCCAGACAGCAAGGAUGACCACGGACCAGAGUCCUAUCGCAACCAGGAGACUAUGGCCGAGCUAAUGCCUCAGAAUCAAAUGGACAUCAGUCAGUCUGCCAACGGGCCGCUCACUGUGUAUCUACAGCACCUAGACCACCAGCUUGGGGAGAAUGCCACUGUUGUGUGCAACAUGAGUGGCCGAGGGCAGAUGGUGGUAAUGAACCACUGUAGCCCAGGUCAGAUGCUCCACUCCCUGCCUCCUGGCCACCCUGACUCCAGUCCAGAGACCCACUACUACACCACAUCCUCUAAGGAAAACUCAGAGCAGAGCUACUCAAUGGGAAAAGCUUCUCAGUCCUACCUGCCCUCUAUGAGCCUGCCUCCCAUUGGGCCCAACCACAGCCUCCUUUCCCCCAACCAUCUGGUCUCCUCUGGUCCUCCUGGCUCUGGAUACAGCUACAACCACAUGCCUGCACCCUACUUCUCACAGUACCACCAGUAUCCUGAGUAUCCUGACUCCCUAUGUCUGGUCCCUGAUGGCCAGUCCACGGCAAGCAGUGUCUUACGUCUCAGUGGAUCUCUAUGGGACUCCAAAUCCAAGAAGCCCUGCAACUGCACUAAAUCUCAGUGUCUCAAACUUUACUGUGACUGCUUCGCUAACGGCGACGUCUGCAGCAACUGCAACUGCAUCAACUGCUGCAACAACAAUGAGCACGAGUCAGAGAGAUACAAGGCCAUCAAGAUUUGUCUGGACAGAAAUCCUGAGGCGUUCAGACCAAAGAUUGGAAAUGGGAAACUGGGAGAGAUCAAAGGACGCCACAACAAGGGCUGCAACUGCAAACGCUCAGGCUGUUUGAAGAACUACUGCGAAUGCUAUGAGGCCAAGAUAAUGUGCUCAUCCACCUGUAAGUGUGUGGGCUGCAGAAACUACGAGGACAGUCCAGAGAGGAAGACCAUGGUGUGGGACAGCCCUGACACCACCUUCUACAAGAAUGCUAAAUGUGACAAGGACAAGUGUCCUCUGUCGUGCAUCACGCUCGACGUCGUGGAAGCCACAUGCGGCUGUCUUCUGGCGCAAGCAGAGGAGGCUGAGAAGGAAGGCUACACGCUGUGUCAAGCUGAGAAAAUGAUUUUGGAGGAGUUCGGCCAGUGUUUGACGCAGAUUGUUCGGUCAAUAUUUAAAUCUACUAGCUUGUAGAUAGAAUCUCAGGUAGGACAAGUUGAUUAACAUUUUGGAUAUGGUCUGUUCUAGACAUGGUGACAUUUAAGCUGCCAUUUUUUAUCAACAUGUUUAUCAACAAGAUGUUGUGAAUUGUGUAUGCGUAUGUAUUUAUUUGUUACAUAAUUGAUUUAUGCAUGUAUUUAUGCAUUAAUUUAUUUAACUUAUUCACUCACUUUAGUUUAAGUCUCAGAAUGGAGGACAGUUCCAUCAGCUCUGGGUCAUAUGUCAUUGGUUUGAAAUAUGAAUCAAAAAUGAGUUCUUGUGAACAAUUCUUUCCAUUUCUUUCAUCCUUUCCUUUUAAGAUGUAGAAAGAACAUUUAAUUUUAUGCAAAUGUCUCUGUUAAAAUACAACAUCCAAAUGUACUGAUGAGCAUUCUGUGAAAAUAAAAUAUUAAAUACAGACAAUGUGAUUUGUUUUAAUGUUUCUAAAUGUCUGCAAAUAAAUGAUAUGCAGAAUCUUUAAAAACAGACCUAAAGAUCCAGGCUACACCAAGAUACUCUAAUUGUAUUGACUUUCAUUAUGUCAAUUGAGGUCCUGACGUAAGCUUUUUGUUUUUGAGUUAACAUCAACAGCCUUCCUAGGAGAGCUCAGAGUACCUGCAACAGUUGUCUCACACAGGGGGUACUAUUGAACCUGAGACCCUGUUGCUAUCCCUAACAAUAAAAGGGGACAAGAACAUUGGCCCAAUCAUAGAUGGUUUGGCUUGGCUGUAGACAGGCAGCUCUUUUGUAGACAUGGUAAGUAUUAGAUAUUACAAUUUUGAGUAUUUUCAACAACAAAAAACAUAGGCUAUAAGGAGAAGUAAUGGGAUGUUUAUUUAUUUGUAGAGGUCAAGAACAACGAUUCAAUGGACGUGCACAAUCAUUGUGAUUUUAUUGAUUGUGGAAUCACAUGCUCAAAAGAUUAAACUUAAUCCAAACCGCUGGGGCCCUCAGUCAAUGAUGUAUCUCAAAGGAAAAUAUGGCACAAGAGAUGUACCUGACUAUGAUGACAGUGUUUACAAAUCAGGGUUGAAUGGCUGGUACACACUUAUUAAAGGGUUCCAAAGGUUGAGGUCACUGAAUUUCAGAAAACCCAGAAGACUUCGAACAACUAAUCCACUACUUGGAGUAUUGAAGAUAGAUGGAUAUUUUGAGGUUGAAGUAGUUUAGUUAUGGGACAA